AUGACGAGGCAGACGGACAUACUCGUGUCACCAUGCCGUCCCGUCACCCCACCCCCCCCACAUUUUAGUGGAAGGACAGCCUUGAAUUGGGUUGGCUUGCUGCACAUGGGCCUCGUGAGUAAGUGUGUUCCUAUCCAAUCACGUGGGUAUUGCUCUAACGUGCCAACUAUUGCCCAUCAUCUGCCUGUACAUGUGUGUGCUCGGGUAGGUGUUGCAACAACGAAUCAGCAAACUUCUGAUCUGUCUGGCUGUUUACAUGUCAGUAACGAGCCUCUCUGUAUCCACAACUGGACGAGCUGUUUUCCAGUCGGUCUGGCCUCAGCUGUUCGCACAUCAUGGGCCGCUGAUGUCCAGUCCGAAAGUGAGUUUUCCGGAUUUACACUUCUCUCGGUCCCCUCGGUGAGGUUCGUUCUGGGAACCAGCCGAUUCCUAUUUUGUUCACCGCUUCACCCACACUCUACCGUAAAAACAGUUAGCAUUGUAUUCUUUCAAGCUUGUAUGUGCACACCGACCGGCGAGGUCAGUUCGGCCCAGGCUUGGCGUCAGAACAUAAGCGAUGAUAUAGCUUAG